UACGCACUACGUGUGCGUGCCCUGCUCGCGCCUCACCGACCCUCACACUCGCUCGCUCCCUCCCCACCGCACGUCGAGCUCGAGCCAGCCGAGGAGCUCACCGGGGCAAGAAUGACGUCCCUCUCCUCGUCCGCGGCCACGGCGCGCGCCACCUUCCUCCCUUCCUCCUGCCGGGCGCGGCCGGCGGGCGGGAGGAGGUCGCAGCUCCUCGUGACCCGCGCGGCGACGUCGAGCCCCAAGCUCCCCGGCGGGCGGAAGCUGCGGGUGGCGGUGGUGGGAGGUGGCCCCGCGGGCGGCGCGGCGGCGGAGGCGCUCGCCAAGGGCGGCGUGGAGACGGUGCUCAUCGAGCGGAAGAUGGACAACUGCAAGCCGUGCGGCGGGGCCAUCCCGCUCUGCAUGGUGUCCGAGUUCGACCUGCCGCUGGACCUCGUCGACAGAAGGGUCACCAAGAUGAAGAUGAUUUCGCCCUCCAACGUCGCCGUCGACAUCGGCCGCACGCUCGCGCCGCACGAGUACAUUGGCAUGGUCAGGCGCGAGGUGCUCGACGACUUCCUCCGUACCCGCGCGCAGAAGGCCGGCGCCGAGGUCCUCAAUGGUCUCUUCCUAAGGUACGAGGAGCCCAAGGAGCGCAACGGCACGUACACGGUGCACUACAACCACUACGACAGCUCCAACGGCAAGGUGGGCGGCGAGAAGCGGUCGUUCGAGGUGGACGCGAUCGUGGGCGCGGACGGCGCCAACUCGCGCGUGGCCAAGGAUAUGGGCGCGGGCGACUACGAGUACGCCAUCGCGUUCCAGGAGCGCGUUAAGAUCCCCGACGACAAGAUGCGCUACUACGAGGAGCGCGCCGAGAUGUACGUCGGCGACGACGUCUCCCCCGACUUCUACGGCUGGGUGUUCCCCAAGUGCGACCACGUCGCCGUCGGCACCGGCACCGUCACCCACAAGGCCGACAUCAAGAAGUUCCAGGCCGCCACCCGCCUCCGCGCCAAGGACAAGAUCGAGGGCGGCAAGAUCAUCCGCGUCGAGGCUCACCCCAUCCCCGAGCACCCCAGGCCCAAGAGGGUGUCGGGGCGUGUGACACUGGUCGGCGACGCGGCGGGGUACGUGACCAAGUGCUCCGGCGAGGGGAUCUACUUCGCGGCCAAGAGCGGGCGGAUGUGCGCGGAGGCGAUCGUGGCCGGGUCGGCGAACGGGACGCGGCUGGUGGACGAGAGCGACCUGCGCAAGUACCUGGCGGAGUUCGACCGGCUCUACUGGCCGACGUACAAGGUGCUGGACAUCCUGCAGAAGGUGUUCUACCGCUCCAACGCGGCGCGGGAGGCGUUCGUGGAGAUGUGCGCCGACGACUACGUGCAGCGGAUGACCUUCGACAGCUACCUCUACAAGCGCGUCGUGCCGGGCAACCCCAUCGAGGACAUCAAGCUCGCCGUCAACACCAUCGGCAGCCUCGUCAGGGCCACCGCGCUGCGCCGGGAGAUGGGGAAGCUCACCUUGUGAUCACCGACACACCGGAAACGUCCCUGACAUCCUGCUUGGGUUGCUCGAAGCUGCGGCGGAUCGAUCGGUAUAGCAGAGAUCCGCGGCCGAUCGAACGGAUUUGAGGCAGAGGAGAUGAGAAUAAAGAGGUAAUGGCGUCGAUCGAGAGGUCGUGUCUUGGUCGAACCUGUCCCAUUUUCUUGUACGGUGAUGUUCAGACUUCAGAACAGUUCGUCUGGAUUGUUGAAGCACGCCAAUAUUCGAUAUGUGAAUGAAUGUAGUAUAAACUAAGGUUUCAAGUUUUUUGUUCAUGUUUGUUCUCGCGAACGAGAAGUAGAAUGAAAUGGGAUAACAACAACCAGACACCACGUUGAAUUUGGAGAUAUGUUGUGGGAUAUCCGGUGAAAACAGUGUACCGUGAUUAUGAAUGUAUUUUGAUACUACAUAUGGUUGUUA